GUAUCAGAGUAUGGUGUAAGUCAUACUCCGGGCCGUGAACGAUGAGCCCGCAACAAACAAUGUACCAACAUAAAGCUACUCGCUGCAACGAAGAAUACGGCGGAAUGGAAGAGCUCUCAGGACUGACAUACGAUGUAUAUCGCUGACGAGUGGCUGGCUUUGGAACGGGACGUGCUUGGCCAACGGCCUCUCAUAUCGGGGACCGUGGCCGAAGUGCGCGCAGCUUACGCCCAGACAUCGGAGCAAUUAGCAGGCCUUUACCCAUCUCCCUCGGAUUAUCCAGUCAAGGAUGAGAAACUCGUGACCGACACGGGCAUCGCAAUCCGUCUGUAUACCCCGACCAACACCAAUAAUCGUUCCGAGAACCUUCCUGUCGGUGUCUUCGCCCACGGCGGUGGAAAUGUGAAUGGCGGCGCGUGGGCAUCUUCCUUUGAGGACCGCAUGUGUCGCUACGUCGCUCAGCAUGCCGGUGUCAUUGUUGCCCAGGUUGACUUUCGGCUUGCCCCUGAGUUUCCGGCACCCCAACAGCUAAAUGACACCUUUGAAGCCUACAAGUGGCUCCAUGCGAAUGCGGAUAAAUUCCACGGUGACCCCUCUCGUUUCUUUGCAUUCGGGUCAUCCCUAGGCGGCGGCAUCGCAGUGGGAGUGGCUCUUAAACUGAUCGAUGAGAAUCUGGGGCAUCUGGUAAGGGGAGUCGUGGCGCUGUGCCCAGCGUUGCUGCACCCGGAGUUCGUGCCCGAUGAGUUUGCUCCCCUCUUCAAGGCUUAUGAGGAGACUGUGGACGCCCCACUGCAAAAUAGCGAGUCCAUGAUGAAGUUCUACAACUACAACGGUGGGACGGCCCAGCGCAUGAACCCAUAUGUCUUCCCGGCGUUGCAUCCCGGGCUCCGUCGCCUGCCACCUGUCUACCAGGCAGUGUGUGAAGCGGACCCAGUGCGGGAUGACUCGACGGUUCUCAAGCAUGUUUUGGACAAGCACGGCGUAUCAAACAAAAUGGACUCGUACCCAGGACUCCCACACUAUUUCUGGCUAUGGCCGCAAUUGAAAAGCUCGGAAAAGUUCCAUCGCAAUGUCGCUGAAGGUGUCAAAUGGGUCGUGUCGACCAUGUGCGAUGUAAAUGGCACUACUUAAAUUUUUGAUA